AUGGAUUUUUGGAUUCUCCUAAACGAAAGUUCGACAGUGGACAUGCAGCAAAGCAUCCGCAUGAAGAAUCCAUUUGAUGCCAAUUUGGGCAGAAGUACAGAAUGGGAGAAUGUUGAUACCAGUAAGUAUCCGUUCCCAUCAGAAAUUUGGGUGAUACGAUCUACGUGGGAGGUGAUUCUAAAGAUCGCCAGCGUUCUACCUAUCAUGGUGAUCGGAAGCUUGGCCAACGGCGGGUUGAUCUAUUCCGUGAUUAAACAGAAAUCGCUUCACACAGCCACGAACCUGUUGAUUGCGAACAUGUGCGUCGCGGACUUCGGUACCUGCUUGAUAGGUCCGUGGAUGUUCCUCUGUUAUGAUUUCUUUCAAAACUAUAUUUUGGGGGAUGUCGGUUGCCGGCUGGACGGAGCGUUCGUCCACGCUUUAACUUUAGUAGCCGUAUUCAAUCUAAGCGGUAUCAGCUACAAUCGCGUUUCAGCUAUCGUUUUCAAUCGUAGCAACAAAUUAUCGUUGAGGACCACGUGCAUUAUGCUCGUCUUUACGUGGAUCUCUGCGAUGGUCGUCGCUAUUCCCCUGAUCUGCUUUCGACAUUAUCACGAAAGACAAUGGAUAAAUUAUUUGGAGACGUAUUGUACCGAGGACACUGUGCUCGUCUACCCGUACUGGCAUAUUUUCGCAGGCUUGAGCGUAUGGGCACCAUUGGGAAUCAUGGCAAUAUGUUACUCAGCCAUUCUGAUAAAAAUAGAUCGUUACGAAUCGCAAGCGUUAAGAAGCAAGUACCCUAUCGUUGUGAAAUACAAGGGUAGAGUGGCACAAGUACUAGCGCUUAUCGUUUUGGUAUUCAUUCUAUGCCGCGUGCCGUUCACCGCGUUGAUAAUUAGAAGAGCCCAACUGCUGAAGGAAACGUCAAAGGCCGGACAAGAGGAAACACUGUAUCUAUUAUGGUAUAGCAGUAGAUACUUGAUACUAGCCAAUGCAGCGAUAAACCCUUUACUUUACGGUUGCAGCAGUAGCUCAUUAAGGAAGGAAUUAGCAUCAUGUCCCGCGACAGCAUGGCUAAUUCGAAAGAAGAAGGAACACGAAUCGAAACCAUGCAAUGUUUCGCAUUUAAAUCCACAGAACGUUCGUGAUCUACAGCCACGAUCCCCCUGUGCGUCAUAACGAUAGACACGCUAUAAAAUA